GUGGUUGUCUUUGAUUAACUUUUGGAAUUUGAAGGUUUGCACCAAGGCACUGGGGCAGAUUUCUACUUUUAAAUUUGCCAUGGUCGCUUGGCAUGAGCACUCAAAUGUGAAAGACGAGCUCAAUUUCAUCGAACUCUUGAACAAGCCGACAAAUCGAAGCCCCACAACAUGGAGAAGAGGAACUCGGACACGAAUAUCUCAUAACCACCAGAAUCCCAAUCCUAUUCGCAAUCCUGAUCUUAUUUGUGAGAUAGAUCGUCAGUUUGCGCUCACGAGGCACAUCGUGAGGACUAUGGUUACAUGGCGCCCGAGUAUUUGGAGGGGUCGACGAGCAAUUAUUGGAAGUUUUGGGUCCGAUUCUCUGAGAGGAUGGGGGACGGGAGAGUUUGAGAAGCUUGAUGGAUCCUUUAUUUGGAGGGGAAUAUCUGGAAGAUUUUGUCUGGUGUUGCUGGGGAUAGUCGAGAAUUGUCUGGAGUGGGACCCCUUGGAUUUAAGACAAAUCCACCUUCUGAAACUGGGGCCCCAAGUAUUACUGAUUGGACGGUGGCCGAUCAGAAAUGUGGAUCCAGCUGAAGCCUAUGCCUUGAAGGUUGCAGCUGGACAAAUUGCCAGUACUGGUAUGGUUGCUUUAAGCUAUGUUCAGAAAGUAUCUGAAAAGGUAAACUGGUUUCUGGUGCAUUUCAUUUUAUGUUGUCAAGGGAUGUCAAGGGAUGUCACGGCUAGCUUUGGAUAUGAUUAUAUUCUACGCCAGUGUCGUUUAAGAGGAAAGAUAGAUUCUAACGGUGUCGUGGCUGCUUUCUUGGAGAGCCUUUUAAUAUGGGCCUACACUUUAUCCUUUCGGCUGAGAUUGAUCACAAGAAGAAGGAUUACAAGUUUGGAUUUGGACUGA